AUGCUUUUCCCUGUAGAUUCCAACAACAAUACUCAUAUAUUAAGAGGGUCUGAUUUUCUCCCUCGUUGUUGGCCUCUGGAUUGGGAUCGAGUCAAAGUGAAAGGCACACAUUACGACCUAGUUUUAUGCCGUACUCACAAUUAUUGUUACACUAACUAUUUCGUAUGCAACCCUUUCACAAAACAACAUGUAGCUUUGCCCAAAUUAAAGAAGAGUCAUGCACAAGAAUUGCCUCGUGUAGGCUUCAUUUGUGACCAAUCUCGGUCAAGGUUUCGUGUUGUGCACAUACCUGUCAAUUGUUUUCAAUACGUUUCAAAGUUUGAAGUGAACCUGUUUUCAUCUGAGACAGGUGAAUGGACAAAGUUUGAAGUGAACAUGAGUGCUUUCGAGGUUGGCAAAGCUCUAUUGUCAAAGACAUCUAGAAACAUUUUUAUCUAUAAUGAAAAGUUUGUUUGGUGGAUGGGACUACAUGGUUUUUUUGUGUGUGAUCCGUUUAAUGGUGGGGUGUGGAAAAUAAUACCCAUGAGGAUUUCUUAUCCUUUUCUUGAUGCAAGUGUUCAAUGGAAUACAUGCAAUGGGCAAGUUAAGGCCUGUGAAAUUUCAAAGACAAGAUCAGAAGUUUUAGUUUAUGAAUUUGUAAAUUUUGAAGAAGGGUCAUGGUUCACUAGACAGUAUGAUUUUGAAGAGGGAGAAGUAAAUAUCAAGAAUAUGAACUUGUUGGCUUUUCAUCCUCACUGUGAAAAUAAGAUGUAUUUGUAUUCAAAGAAAGGUAUUUUCUUGUGUGAUUUUGAAAACCAGAAAUUGGAGUGUGUGUUCACAGCAAGGGUGGAUGAAGAUAUGCGCAUUUCAAAUAAUGUUAUGUCCCUUGUUCUCCCUAAAUGGCCAAGCCAAAUUCUACCUUGA